AUGACCGCCAUUUUUCAUGAUAUGAUGCAUAGAGAGAUUGAGGUGUAUGUGGACGACGUCAUCAUCAAGUCUCGAGUGGGUGAUGAUCAGCUCGAGCACUUAAGAAGAUUCUUCGACAGACUCCGCAAGUACGAUCUAAAGUUGAAACCUGCAAAAUGCGCAUUUGGAGUGCCUGCUGGAAAAUUACUAGGAUUUGUAGUCAGUCAUCAUGGUAUUGAGUUAGAUCCCACAAAGAUCAAAGCAAUCCAAGAAUUCCCACCACCAAGAACAAAGAAAGAGGUCAUGAGUUUCUUAGGAAGGUUGAAUUACAUUAGACACUUCAUCGCCCAGUCCACAGUAAUCAUAAAACCAAUUCUCAAACUCCUCAAGAAAGAUGCUACAACUAAAUGGACGGAGGACUGUCAGAAAGCCUUUGGCACAAUCAAGAGAUACAUGUCAAAUCUACCCGUUUUGAUCCCGCCAAGGCUGGAAAGUUCUUUGUUGCUAUACAUGUCAGUAUCAGAAAAUGCUUUUGGGUGCAUGUUGGCAUAA